AUGACUAUCGAAACUGCUACCUUAUCUGCCAAUACAAAAAAAAUCAAUGGUGACUCUCUUUCCAGUGAAAUGGAGACCGCUGCCGACACUCAUAGUGCAAUGGUCAAGGAGACUGCUGCUGAAGAUGGUGUUUUUGGAGGCUACGACCAUAUCACGUAUUAUGUGAACUCUGCAGACAUCACGGCAGAGUAUUUUGUUCGCGUGUAUGGCUUCACCCCAUAUUGUCACAAGGGCCUCGAAACCGGAUCUCGCAUCACGAACGCCCGCGUCGUCCGCAAUGGAGAUGUAAUUAUUCAGUUUGUGAGCUGUCUCAGACCACCAAAUUCGAAAGGCCUUUCCGAGGACGACAUGAAGCUCAUUCGCGAGAUCCAUCACCACACUACUACACAUGGAGACGCAGUCAAGGACGUUGCGUUCCAAGUCAGUAAUGUGGAGCAAAUCCACAAAAGAGCCCUGGAGGGUGGUGCCACCUCGGUGCUGGAGCCCACAACCUACGAGGACGAGCAUGGUUCAAUCACUAUCUCCCGGGUUGGCGUGAUCGGAGACACAACUCAUACGCUAGUUGACCGGACGUCAUACUCUGGUUUUCUUCCUGGUGGCUAUCAGAUUGACAAUUCGGAGAAUAACUAUGCGACAGAGGUGAAGUUUGACGUUAUUGAUCACUGUGUUCAGAAUCUUGGUUGGAACAAGAUGGUCAAGUCCUGUGAAAUGUACAAGAAAAUCUUUGGCUUCCACAAGUUUUGGUCUGUGGAUGACAAACAAGUCUACACGGCUUUUUCUGCUCUCAAAUCCACAGUUAUGGCGUCACCUUCCGAGAAGAUUAAGAUGCCUGUGAACGAGCCAGCUAAAGGCCUGAAAAAGUCCCAAAUCGAGGAAUUUCUGGAGUUUUAUGGUGGUCCAGGGAUUCAGCACGUUGCAUUGAAGGUUGAUGACAUUUUAAGCACCGUUGAAGCCCUUAGAUCACGAGGUGUUGAAUUCAUUCAUGUUCCUGAACAGUAUUACCAAAACCUGGAGAAAAGACUGAAGGAAAGCAAACACCCCGAGUUCAAGGAAAGCAUGGAGAAGAUCAGGCAGCUUGGCAUUUUAGUCGACUUUGACGAAGAUGGAUACUUGUUGCAGCUUUUCACGCGGUCAGUGUUUGAUCGGCCCACCUUUUUCUUCGAAGUUAUUCAAAGACAUAAUCACAAUGGGUUUGGUGCUGGCAAUUUCAAGGGACUCUUCGAAGUACUAGAGGAAGACCAAAAAAGAAGGGGCAACCUGGUGGAUCAAAACGAGGAGGUCGAUCCUUACGACGUUAAAGAGGACUAA